AUGAGCUCUCUCUUACCUUAUUUUGUAUUGACCACUGUGAUGAUUAUAAUUACAUCGAUAUUUAUCAUUAUCUAUCGUAUACGAAUGAAUUUUCUUCGUCAACAAGUUCUUCCGUGUCCAAUGCAUGUUUUCGUAGUUGCUCAACCUCAUCAAUUACAAUCUAAUUACCCUCAAGCAUUUUGGGCAUCUACAAUUGACCAUCUACCACCUCCAUACAGCUCCGUCGUGCCACAGACUCGAACACGUUGUAAUCCAGUGUCGAGCAAUAACGAACCAUAG